GCUUCAUUCGCUGGGACCUGUCGUAAGACGUCACCCGUGACGUGUGAUACGCGAUCGUGAUCAGUAGGACAGACUGAGAAGGUCUUUCCAGAUCGGUGUUUCAGCACAUGUAGAGCUGCAGCCCGUGCUGCAGGGAAGCCGGCUGCAACAGUGUAGACGGACUCGCUUGACGGACGAUGGCUCUGUCCACAUCGACCCGGCUCGGUGCGUGUCGCCUGGGCUCCAGGCUCACGCCCCCGUGUUGGGGCGUAGUGUCUACGCGAGGGGCGGCACAGAGCUAUCGGAGACCAGGCCAGCCUCAGGACAACACGCCGCCUUGGAAGAAGAUCCGCUUUAGCUUCCCCAAGGGGGUGGAGGGCGUGAAGAAGCAUUUUGGGCUGCUGAAGCAGGAGAUGGUGGAGCGCUGGGUGGGGCCGGAGGGGAGGAGCCUCAGGGAGCAUAUGCUGGAACAGACAAAGUUGUUAUGGGAAUUCAGGGGUCCAGAGAGCCUGGAACAGUGGGUAGUGUCCUCGGACCAGGAGAUCGGAGGGAAGAGUGAAGCAUACCUGAAGCUGGGGAGAAACAACCAAACCUGCCUGCUGUAUGGCACUCUGUAUACAGCGCCUCCCAGAGAUGGGGAGACACGGUACAGCGGCUACUGCACUCUGCGCUCCAGACAGCCACUGAAUGCCUUUGAUCGGAAGAAGCACCACGACUGGUCCAGUUUUAAUACUCUGCACCUGCGCAUCCGCGGAGACGGGCGGCCGUGGAUGAUUAACAUUGCUACCGAGACCUACUUCUCCCACCAGAGAGAUGACAUGUACAACUACUUCCUGUUCACACGCGGCGGACCCUUCUGGCAGGAUGUCAAGAUUCCAUUUUCAAAGUUUUUUCUCUCGAGCCGGGGAAGAAUACAAGACAAUCAGCACCCACUGUGGUUAGAUAAGAUCAACACAAUAGGGUUCACACUGGGUGACAAGACAGAUGGACCAUUUCAACUGGAGAUAGACUUCAUAGCUGUGUGUAAUGACCGUGCACACGCCGAGGAGUUCGCUUAUGAGAAAUACAAGAGGAAUCCUGAAGUGUAAGGGGCAAUACCAGAUCUGUAUUAAAGAAUAAUGUACAAGAGUG